ACUAACAUUAUUAUAAGAACAUCACUUAGUUUAGUUAAAAGUUAGUUUUAUUUUCAUCCCUAAAUGGAUCCAGUAGCAGUGAUCCCAUAGGCAGUGAAAUAAUACUCCAUUAUUAUUGUAUGCAAAUUACGAAAACGCGUUAAUACACUCAUCAAAGUUAUACGCAAAAAGCCAUUUCUUGAAAAAGCGCGAUCUUCAACUCCCAUCAUUUCUUGGAAUGGCAUGGCCUUCAAUUUCUCCUGCUUCAACACUGCUCUAAUAUCACUCUUCCUAAUCUUCACUAUCUUCUUCUUCUUCUUCAUCGUCCUUCCAAUUCCAAUUCACCAAUCUCCACUCAUUCCCCGCAGGUCCCUUGCAAUUCUUGAAGAAAAAUCCGAUCUUUCUGUUUGUUCGUUCAGUAAUUUCAUUGGCUCUAAUGGAAUCUUUAACUAUGUUUUCUUGCACUAUUGUCUCUUCCAAGAAAACCCAUUUUUCUCAGUACCCUUUUUGGCAUUCUGUGUGUUUUUACAGUUUUAUGUACUUAUCAAGGCUGCUCAAGAUUACUUCUCUGUUGUGGUUACUAAGCUUUCUAAGCAUCUUAAGCUGUCACCUUCUAUGGGUGCAGUGACCCUUUUGGCUUUAGGUAAUGGUGCGCCUGAUGUAUUUGCAUCUGUGGCUGCAGUUAGGGGAGGCCAAGCAAGGACUGGGUUUGGCGCAAUUCUUUCAGCAGGGACUUUUGUUUCUGCUUUUGUGGUUGGGUUUGUGGCGAUUUAUGCAGCGCCUUUUGCUGUUGAUCCUGCUCCAUUUGUGAGGGAUGUGAUGUUUUAUUUGACUGCUGCGUUGUUUCUUUUUUAUGUCUACUUAAGUGCUGAGAUUUUCAUCUGGCAAGCUAUUGGUUUUGUUGCGUUUUAUCUGUUCUUUGUUGGGUUUGUGUUUUGGAUGGACUUGGGGCUGGGUGGGGGGAAAGAGAAGGGGAGUAAGUUUGGAGGUGAGGUGAGUUUGGUUAGAAAUGAUGAAGUUCAUAUAGGGAUUGCUGAGUUGGAUUCUGAAAAAGGCAAAGUUAUGGGAACUGUAGAAGAUGGAAAGAGGCAUACUGCAGGUUCCUGGCAAGGUUUUGGAAAGGUCUCACUAAUCUGGUCACUUCCUGUCUCGAUGCUCCUUAGGCUCACUAUACCACAGACUGCACCAUCUGAAUGGAGUAGAUUCUAUGUAUCUGCCAAUAUUGCUCUUUGUCCCCUCCUACUUCUGUUUUCCUGCAAAUCUUUCGUGCCACUAAGUCAUCCAAUCUCUUUCCUACUCUCCGACACACAUUUGCCUCUUUGGUUCAUUGUACUUUGUGCUACUUGUUCAUUGGCUAUUGUUCAUUUCAUUGUUGAAAAGGAGGCCCCUAAAACUGAGCAAAUGCCUGCAGUUGUUAUAGCAUUUGUGAUGAGUGUAUUUUGGAUCUCCACAGUUGCUGGCGAACUCCUCAACUGUCUUGCAGUUCUAGGAGAGCUCCUGAAACUGCCUGCUGCCUUUCUUGGUUUAACGGUGCUUGCAUGGGGAAACUCGGUUGGUGAUCUUGUUGCAGACGUGGCUGUUGCAAAGGCUGGUCAGCCGGCCAUGGCCAUGGCUGGAUGUUUUGCUGGGCCGAUGUUCAACAUGCUUUUCGGGCUUGGAACUGCUUUGGUUAUGCAGACAGCAAAUGUAUAUCCAGAAGCUUAUGAGCUUCAUCUCCACGUGAGUAUCGUGGUUGCUUUUGUUUUCUUGCUAUUGAGCUUGAUGGGAUCUCUGCUGUUAGUCACUUGGAAUAGGUUCCGGGUGCCAAGAUUCUGGGGCUUCUGCCUGGUAGGACUCUAUGUUGUUUUCAUGGUAAUAAGCCUGGUCAUUGCUAAGUUCUCUGCCUGAGUUUUGGAGAGCGGAGUGCUGAAAAGUUGCAACAUACAAGACAUUGACCAAUAAAAGUUGAUUCAUCCAUCACUGGCCCGGAACCAUGUGGGAGCUGCUACACUUUUGAAGAAUAACUACAAUUGAAGAUGAAGCAGCUCUGCAGCUGGCAGUUAUUAUAACUGCGCCUUUACCACACAAAAUCUGGAAAAUGGUUGUGUUGAUAUACUUCAUUCUCAAACCAGUUAGAGAUCCUAUUGGUUUCCAUGCAAGAAUAUAAUAAUUCAUUUUUUUCAGUUCACUGUAGAGUAAAGUGAGCUGGAAAGCACAGUGCACACUAGUGGUAUAGAAUAUUUCUUGUCAACAAGAAGUUUCAUGUAAGACAGUUCUUCUUUCUUGUGAAAAUGAAUAGAAUUUUAGAAAAA